UGAGCAGAGACCGCUGCUAAGCAGAGAGCGCACUGAACCGAGAUCGCAGUUGCACUUGGCCAAAUCAAUUCCAGUAAUUCAUGAAAUAAUUAUACAUUUACGUCGCGACCCAUACUUUAAGAAACGCGGCGUUACAUUUUUGUUGUAACAUUGUAAUGGAAACGGUUGCAUUGUUUCAAUGUAAUUCUAAAGAUAAUGAUGCCAACUGUCUACACUCUACAUUACUCAUAUCAUAGGGUAAAGUUGAUAGUAGAUUUCUUAUUGUGUUUCAAUUCUUAAAAUGUUAUUUUAACAAAAUAACAAUUACAUGUUGUAAAAAGAACAAUGAAAAAGACAUACAGGGUAUUUUACAAAACAACAACAAUGUAGAAGCAGGAAUGAAUGCUUUGAGUGUUGUAUUUACUAAUCACUUUUUCCUUGGCUAGUGGCAAUGUGUUCAAGGGUUAAGGCUAGAUCUACAGUAUAAUAUCAACAUUGCCUUAUCGUAUAUCUCAUAUGAAAUUAUCGUAUUCUAAAGGUGGAUGUAAAUUCAACGUCUUGUGCGCCAUUUUGCGGUGGUCCUGUGAGGGUCAAGUGUUAGUACACCGCCCUAAUCCACCUUGGCUGCCAUUGGAUUAGUCCUGAGAACACAACAAUGGCUCGUUUUAAUUCACCAUAAUCCCAGUGAAUAUUGAAAGCACUUUCAUAUGACUCUGUGGAGAAGAGGCUAAUGCCGAAAGAAGAACCUCUCAGGAACGUACUAAUAUAGGAGUUCAAAUCUCUACAAAUGUCUUCUUCCCCUACAACCACUUGCGAUUGGAUGAUCCUGCAGGUUGAACAGAAAAAUAUCAAUGUUCGCGUCACCACCAUGGACGCUGAGCUGGAGUUUGCCAUCCUGCCCAGCACCACUGGCAAACAACUCUUCGACCAGAUAGUGAAGACCAUCGGGCUGAGAGAGACCUGGUUCUUCGGCCUACAGUACCAGGACAGCAAAGGCUUCUCUACCUGGCUCAAACUCAACAAGAGAGUGACAGCUCAGGAUGUACGCAGGGAGAACCCUCUGUUGAUAAAGUUCAGGGCCAAGUUCUACCCUGAAGACGUAGCCGAGGAACUGAUCCAAGAGGCCACGCAACGACUUUUCUUCCUGCAGGUGAAGGAGGGCAUCCUGAAUGAUGAUAUCUACUGUCCUCCUGAGACAGCUGUGCUGUUGGCCUCCUACUCUGUUCAGACCAAACAUGGAGACUACAAGAAGGACUACCACUUCCCUGGUUACCUCAGCAGGGACAAGCUGCUUCCCCAGAGGGUUCUGGAGCAGCACAAGCUGAACAAGGAGCAGUGGGAGAACAGGAUAAAGGUGUGGCAUGAGGAGCACAAGGGAGUGCUGAGGGAGGAUGCCAUGGUGGAGUAUCUGAAGAUAGCUCAGGAUCUAGAGAUGUAUGGAGUCAACUACUUCAGCAUCAAGAACAAGAAGGGGUCAGAGCUGUGGCUGGGGGUAGACGCUCUGGGCCUCAACAUAUACCAGAACACUGACAAGAUGACCCCUAAGAUCGGCUUCCCAUGGAGUGAGAUCAGAAACAUUUCCUUCAACGACAAGAAGUUUGUUAUAAAGCCCAUGGACAAGAAAGCCCCGGAUUUUGUGUUCUACGCCCCUCGUCUACGGAUCAACAAGCGCAUCCUGGCACUGUGCAUGGGGAACCACGACCUGUACAUGAGGAGGAGGAAGCCAGACUCCAUCGAGGUCCAACAGAUGAAAGCCCAGGCCCGCGAGGAGAAGACUAAGAGACAGAUGGAGAAAGCUCUGCUUGAAAGCGAGAAGAAGAAGAGAGAGAAUGCGGAGAAGGAGACAGAGAAGAUCGCCAGAGAAACCAUGGAGCUGAUAGGCAGACUGAAACAGAUUGAGGAAGAGACCAAGAAAGCUCAGGAAGAGCUGGAUGAGCAGACUCGCAGGGCCCUGGAGCUGGAGAAAGAGAGGACGUUUUCCCAGGAGGAGGCAGAGCGUCUGGAGAAGGAGCGCAAGGCAGCGGAAGAGGCCAAGGCAUCCCUCCUACAGCAGUCAGAGAGCCAGAUGAAGAACCAGGAGAACCUGGCUACUGAUUUGACCUCUAAGAUCUCCCUUCUGGAGGACGUAAAGCAGAAGAAGGACGACGAUACAAAGAGAUGGCAGAAGAGGGACUCUGUGCAGGGGGACCACGACGAGACCGACGAGAGCAGCGCCGAGGCCAGCGCCGAGCUGACAUCACCAGGAAUGGUCAGAGACCGCAGCGAGGAGGAACGCAUGACGGAGGCUCAGAAGAAUGAACGGCUACAGAAACACCUAAAGGCCCUGAGUAGUGAGUUGGCCAGCGCUCGAGACGACAGUAAGAAUACUCUCAACGACCUGAUCCACGCGGAGAACGUUAAGGCCGGCCGGGACAAGUACAGGACCCUCCGUCAGAUACGACAGGGCAACACCAAGCAACGCAUCGACGAGUUUGAGUCCAUGUGAAGGAUAGAAAGAAUACGAAUGAGAGAGGUGUGUGUGUGUGUGUGUGUGUGUGUGUCUGUGUGUGUGUGUGAGAGAGAGAGAGAGAGAGAGAGAGAGAGAGAGAGAACAAGAGUCUGUACUGAAUCUAUGUAUUUAAAUGGGAGUCAUAUAGGCAGGUACAGUGUAAUGACUAAGUCUUUAAUACCUCUCCCCAGUAGUGUGUUAGCUCCCGUGACUAAAGAGUGACAACUUCAUGGGAUUUGUAGUUUGGUCAAGUAAAAUUCUGUGGACUACAGACUGUAGGCUACUAGUACCAGAAUCAAAGUGAGUGAUGAUAUUAUUAAUCAUAAUAUAUCAUAAUUUAUGCUGCUUUUGCUCAUGGUUUUUGCAAUCUUGAAAUGAAUCUAUGCAAAAUAAUUAUUAGCUGAUAUAGCAUGAAAACCAUAUUUUCAUGUAUGGAUAGAUUAGUGACAGGAAGGAUAUUGAUAGAUUAGUGACAGGAAGGAUAUGGAUAGAUUAGUGACAGGAAGGAUAUUGAUAGAUUAGUGACAGGAAGGAUAUUGAUAGAUUAGUGACAGGAAGGAUAUUGAUAGAUUAGUGACAGGAAGGAUAUUGAUAGAUUAGUGACAGGAAGGGUAUGGAUAGAUUAGUGACAGGAAGGGUAGAUUAGUGACAGGAAGGAUAUGGAUAGAUUAGUGACAGGAAGGAUAUGGAUAGAUUAGUGACAGGAAGGAUAUGGAUAGAUUAGUGAGGAAGGGUAUGGAUAGAUUAGUGACAGGAAGGAUAUGGAUAGAUUGGUGACAGGAAGGGUAUGGAUAGAUUAGUGACAGGAAGGAUAUGGAUAGAUUAGUGACAGGAAGGGUAUGGAUAGAUUAGUGACAGGAAGGGUAUGGAUAGAUUAGUGACAGGAAGGAUAUGGAUAGAUUGGUGACAGGAAGGGUAUGGAUAGAUUAGUGACAGGAAGGAUAUGGAUAGAUUAGUGACAGGAAGGGUAUGGAUAGAUUAGUGACAGGAAGGAUAUGGAUAGAUUAGUGACAGGAAGGAUAUGAAUAGAUUAGUGACAGGAAGGGUAUGGAUAGAUUAGUGACGGGAAGGGUAUGGAUAGAUUAGUGACGGGAAGGGUAUGGAUAGAUUAGUGACAGGAAGGAUAUGGGUAGAUUAGUGACAGGAAGGAUAUUGAUAGAUUAGUGACAGGAAGGGUAUGGAUAGAUUAGUGACAGGAAGGGUAUGGAUAGAUUAGUGACAGGAAGGGUAUGGAUAGAUUAGUGACAGGAAGGAUAUGAAUAGAUUAGUGACAGGAAGGGUAUGGAUAGAUUAGUGACAGGAAGGGUAUGGAUAGAUUAGUGACAGGAAGGAUAUGGAUAGAUUAGUGACAGGAAGGGUAUGGAUAGAUUAGUGACGGGAAGGGUAUGGAUAGAUUAGUGACGGGAAGGGUAUGGAUAGAUUAGUGACGGGAAGGAUAUGGAUAGAUUAGUGAGGAAGGGUAUGGAUAGAUUAGUGAGAGGAAGGGUUUGAGCUUAAUUGCAAUAUUUUCUUAGGAUGGAUAUAUAUUUCACAGGUACAGUUGAAGUCGGAAGUUUACAUACACUAAGUUGACUGUGCCUUUAAACAGCUUGGAAAAUUCCAGAAAAGGAUGUCAUGGCUUUAGAAGCUUCUGAUAGGCUAAUUAACAUCAUUUGAGUCAACUAGAGGUGUACCUGUGGAUGUUUUUCAAGGCCUACCCUCAGUGCCUCUUGAUAUCAUGGGAAAAUCAAAAGAAAUCAGCCAUGACCUCAAUUUCCAAACGCGUGACGGUUCACAUUCACCUGCACAAACAAUAGUACGAAAGUAUAAACACCAUGGGACCACGCAGCCGUCAUACCGCUCAGGAAGGAGACUCGUUCUGUCUUCUAGAGAUGAACAUACUUUGGUGCGAAAAGUGCAAAUCAAUCCCAGAACAACAACAAAGGACCUUGUGAAGAUGCUGGAGGAAACAGGUACAAAAGUAUCUAUUUCCACAGUAAAACGAUUCCUAUAUCGACAUAACCUGAAAGGCCGCUCAGCAAGGAAAAAACCAAUGCUCCAAAACCGCCAUAAAAAAAGCCAGACUACAGUUUGCAACUGCAUAUGGAGAACUUUUUGGAGAAAUGUCCUCUGGUCUGAUGAAAAAAAAAUAGAACUGUUUGGCCAUAAUGCCUAUCGUUGUGUUUGGAGGAAAAAUGGUGAGGCUUGCAAGCUGAAGAACACCAUCCCAACUGUGAAGCACGGGGGUGGCAGCAUCAUAUGGUGAGGGUGCUUUGCUGCAGGAGGGACUGGUGCACUUCACAAAAUAGAUGGUGUCACGAGGAAGGAAAAUUAUGUGGAUAUAUUGAAGCAACAUCUCAAGACAUCAAUCAGGAAGUUAAAGCUUGGUUGCAAAUGGGUCUUCCAAAUGGACAAUGACCCCAAGCAUACUUCCAAAGUUGUGGCGAAAUGGCUGAAGGACAACAAAGUCAAGGUAUUGGAGUGGCCAUCACAAAACCUUGACCUCAAUCCAAUAGAAAAUUUGUGGGCAGAACUGAAAAAGCGUGUGCGAGCAAGGAGUUCUACAAACCUGACUCAGUUACACCGGCUCUGUCAGGAGGAAUGGGCCAAAAUUCACCCAACUUAUUGUGGGAAGCUUGUGGAAGGCUCUCCGAAACAUUUGACACAAGUUAAACAAUUUAAAGGCAAUGCUACCAAAUAAUAAUUGAGUGUAUGUAAACUUCUGACCCACUGGGAAUGUGAUGAAAGAAAUAAAAGCUGAAAUAAAUCAUUAUCUCUACUAUUAUUCUGACAUUUCACAUUCUUAAAAUAAAGUGGUGAUCCUAACUGACCUAAGACAGGGCAUUUUUACUAGGAUUAAAUGUCAGGACUUGUGAAAAACUGAGUUUAAAUGUAUUUGGCUAAGGUGUAUGUAAACUUCUGACUUCAACUGUAUCAAUGAGUACAACAUCCUUUGCAAAGUGCUUUGCUAUGACUCCAAUAAAUACCAUUAACCAACACUGAA